CUUUUUUAUGGCUGAGUAACAGUCCACGGUGUGUACAUGCCACGUUUUCUUCAUCUGUGUGUCCAUCGAUGGGCGCCUUGGCUGUUGUAUGCAACGCUGCAGCGACCCUGGGCCCGCAGUGUUUGUUGAAAAAGUGCUGAAGAGACUUUUCCCUUGUGAUCCACACGGCCAGGAAAAGAAGGCACCACCGCCCGCGGCCCCCGAAACCCCUCCUGAGAAAGCGAGGUGCAGACGCGUCCCCCCAGCAGCAGGUGCCGGCACCGAGGUCCUGCCCGGCCGGCGGCUCUACACCGUGGCCCUGCCGCCCGAGGGCUACGUCCCUGCGCCCGCCCCCCGGCCCCCUGGCGGGGACACAGGCUCUGAGAGCGGCUCCAGCAGCAGCGAGGACGCGGGAGAUCAGGAUCUUCGUGAUCAACCAAAGAGAAGAAGAAUUAGAAAGCACAAAUCAAAGAAAAAGUUAAAAAAUCUCAACAGCGUUCACGGAGAACAAGCAGAACUAAGGAAACAGACGCUCUUAGCAGAAGAGUUGCAGCCAGAGCACACGGACGGCCCCCCAAUUAGCAAAAACAAGAAGAGGAAACUGAAAAAGAAACAGCAAAUGAGAAGGAAGCGGGCAGCCGGCCUACUGCCGAGGGCCACCGGCGUCAGCUUCCUGUACGCGCCCAGCGAGGGCGGCUGCGAGCACAGCGACGGCAGCGAGGGCGCCGGGGCCCGAGAGGACGCGGGGGACGCGGGGGACGCGGGGGACGCGGGGGACGGGGAAGCCGACGCGGGCGCCCAGGACGAGGCGGACGGCAUCCUCGACUUUCUGAAGUCCACGCAGGAAAUGUACUUCUAUGACGGUGCCUCCCUGGACCCGGGCCCAGCCUUCCUGGGGGCUGCCGAGGAGCUCUUCACGUGCCUGCGGGCUGGCAGCCUGUCCCCCUCAGACAUGCGGGCCCUGGAGCACCUCAAGGCGCUGCUGCCCCUGCACGACCCCGAGAGGCUGCAGCACGCCCUGCAGGCGUUCGCUGAGCACUGCGCCAUGCCGCCAGACCAGGCCAGCGUGGUCUCCACCCUCUUCCGUUACUGGGCCACGCACGUGCUUCCCGGGGGCAGCUGCUCUGGGGAUCGGGGCGGCGGCCUGAGGACAGCGGGGGGCUCGGCCAGUCACCGCGAGGACGGCGCGCCCGGAACUGUCUCUGUGCCCCGCGCGGCGCCUGGACAGGACGCAUCGGCCCUGUCAGCCAUUCCCACGCCUGCCCGUGAGGACGAGGUUGGCUGAGACGUCGCAUGACAAGUUGGGAUAAAAUGGCUUAUCCCUUAAAAACUGCCUAUGUCGUGAAUUACUACCCAGUGAUUCUGUUUUUCUAAUUUCUGUAACAAUCGAGAAUGCACAGUCUAUUACGCUGAGUAAACUGUAUAGAUUGAAGC